AUGAACAGUUUUCCCCCUGAUUAUAUAGCAGUUAAGAGACAUUGUUGUCCUAUUCGUGUUUACAUACGUAUCGAGAAAUACCGGUCGCUUACUUUGGUAGAUAUAUCAUUGACGCAGGACAAGGAAGGCAUCCCACCAGACCAACAAAGGCUGAUUUUUGCUGGAAAGCAGCUGGAAGAUGGACGGACAUUAGCUGAUUACAACAUUCAGAAAGAGUCGACACUUCAUUUGGUCCUGAGGCUGAGGGGUGGGACUAUGAUCAAGGUGAAGACACUCACUGGUAAGGAGAUUGAGAUCGACAUCGAGCCUACCGACACAAUUGAUAGGAUCAAGGAGCGCGUCGAGGAAAAAGAGGGCAUCCCCCCUGUUCAGCAGAGGCUCAUUUAUGCUGGAAAGCAGCUUGCUGACGAUAAAACUGCUAAAGAUUACAACAUUGAAGGUGGUUCAGUUCUCCAUCUCGUGCUUGCUCUGAGGGGUGGUCACUAG